GAGCCGCCAUCCACAGGUUGGUCGGCGCACGCUCAUUUUCGCACUUGUUGGUCCUCCAAGUCCUGCUCCAGCACCACGAGAGAGACUUUUUCCUUGCUUCUCGUCCUAGCCCCCUUGGGGUGCAGACUGACACACCGACGCGUUGCUUCAAGAGCUGGUCUCGCCCGUCCUGCGCUACUCCUGCCCGUCUCGUCACACGCUGCGCUGCGGGAACGGCGACAAGACCACUGGGCGACGACCGAGGGGUUGGGCAUCUGCUUGGCCGGUGCCUAUCAGGGACCCGACAGCAUCAAUGGCGUCCAUACCCGAGCCCGACCGCACGGAGAGCUACGUCCUUCCCAUUGACCUGCCUCCCAUCAAGACCACCACCACUCCAGCUACUCCUGACUCGACUGCCUCCUCGCCACCUCUAGAUCUACGCAAAAAGCAGAGCAGGCCUCGCCUAUCACGACCGCCCACUGAGGGAGGCGGCCCGUUGUCCUCGCACCCAACGUUUGAAUACCAACCCAGUGCCUGGCCACCGACCCCGGAUCCUGACAUGCACAACAAAACAUCCACCGACACCAGCGGCAACACCAGAUCCAGAAACGACAGCUUCACUUCACCCGCCUCUCCAGCCGCCACUAACACUCACAUGUAUUCCACACACGAACAACCGCAGCAGCGUCCAGGCACCGUGCGCCGCAUGUUCAGCCUGAGCAGCUUGCGCCAGUCCUUCUCGAGCUCUCGCACAUCAUUCAGCCAGCGACCCGAUACUUCGCACGGCAGCUACCACGCACCUUACUUAACUCGCGCCGAAUCACCCAACGACGCCGUGUCGACCACGGCAUCAACUGCACCUCCAGCUUCAAUGCGUUUGUCCAACGAACGACGACCUGCGACAUCCUCGCGCAACAAGAAGAGGUCCAGCAGCUGGUUCAAACGCAAGAGCCACCUUUUCGGCAUGAACGACGACGGCACUCUGGAUGUUCUCGACGAGGAUGGACCCGAGCACAAGAGGUUCAAAGACAACCAACUGCCUACGCUGCCCGAAAUUGGCGCCCUUAGCGGUGGAAAGCUCGACGGCAGCGGGAGCAUUGGCUGGGACGAAAUUUUCAAAAGUAACUGAAAGAGUUCAGAAAGCGAAGAAAGCUCAGAGUGCUCGCAAAUGGGAUCACAGCACCAACGAACCGCCCUGGAAGGCUGAUGUAUGAUGAGAAACAUGGCAACGAUAUGAGGCCAGAUUGAUGUACAGAGGUGUGCGAGAGCGAGCACAGAACGCGAGCUGCGAGCUGGGCUUGAUCCCAGCAUUACCGGAAACUGCGGUUCUUGUUUGUAUGUGCCAUGUACAGUGUACAGCAAUGAGAUACCCGACUGCAUAGAAAUGCUUGUGCGAAUAUGACGAAUUGUAAAGCUCAUCC